AUGUCAUUGGUGAAAUAUCUUAGUGGAAUAAUAAAAGAACAAUCAUACCAUCCAGUAGCUCAGCAAACAGUCUUUGGAUGGAUUGUAACGGGUCCUGGGGCAAUGAAAACCCUUAAAAACAGCUUGAUAUCUACACUGGAUGACAUUGAUCCACAGGUCAAACAAUUCUGGGCUGCCGAAGAAAUUCCGAAGAAUGAAAUGGUGAAAGAAGAUGAAGAAUGUGAAGCAUUUUGUGAAGCAACGACUCAACGUAAUAACGAAGGGAGAUAUAUUGCCUUCAUAGAAGACUAUAAAGCAGCAUUGAUUAAUAACGAUAACCAUAUGAAAAGAUGUGAUAUAGGCAACCAAGAUGAAUCAUACCUUUUACCACAUCAUGCAGUUAUAAAAGAAGAAAGCGCAACCACGAAACUUCGUGUUGUAUUUGAUGGAUCCAGUAAGUCGCAAAACAAUAUAAGUAUCAAUGAUUUCAUGAGGACAAACCCUAAACUUCAACAAGAUUUAACUUCUGUUACAAACCGAUGA